UCUCCCUUCAGUAACGUUUCACGAGCAGCGUUUCAACCGCACCCUGAACGUGCGCAUGCGUGCACGUCAACGAAGCACCCGCCGAAACGGAGCCACCGAUGACAGCUGGCUUGUGUUGUUGUUUUGAUCCCUCUCUCUCUCUCGCGCGCGCGCUCUCUGCCCCCAUACCAGUCACUCCCUCUCGCUUGGACUGCCGCAAACGGGCCGGCAGUCGGCUGCAUCGGGCCGCAGACCACCAAGCUGCUGAUCGGUCAUGGCGCCCAACGCCGCAGUUUGUGCGCUCAUUUCACUCGCUACCUUCGCGCCAGAAACGUCUCCUUCCUUUUCAUCCUGAAUCCUGUCGGCAAACGGACCAUCGCUGUCGGAAUUCGGCGAACACAACGGAACGGAUUCCCGCAAUUGUAUGGAAGUGGUGGAAGUUGGUCUGCGCCAACAUAUUAAAAGCUGCGCCAAACACAGUGCUCUCUGCAAUUGGCCCCCGAAAACAAAAGGAUAUGCGCGCUGAAUGCGGUAAACAUUCCCGUACCGUGGUUUGAGCUCAUUAGGCCGCUGCAUUAGGAAAGGCGCCUCGAUCACCACAGUCAAAAGUGGCAAAGCGGUGAAAUACGUGGAACUGGUGUCGGAAGUGGCUCGAGCCGGUGCCGUUGCUCCGUGUGCAUUGUUUUUUUUUUUCUUGAGGGGGGACAAUAGGUCAGUGCCAAACAAAAGAAAAGUAGGCGGAAUUUGUUCACACUCAAAAGUGAACCGUUACAAACACACACAGUGCGAAUAGUGUGGUCAGAUUGAACUUGAUGAAAAGCGAUUGUGUUUUUUUUCUCGUAAUUUAGCAAGUGCCGGUAGGGGCAUUUGCCACUGACCGGUGUUGUUCUAGCGGUCCAACGAUUUCCCGGUGGUGUCCCAACCGGGUUGGUGGCGCCUUUUGGCGCUCGUUUUUUUUUCCUCCCCGCAAAGUGUUACACCGCACUUCUUUCCCUUCCCUUUCGUGCCCGUUGUUUCGCCUUUACAAGCUAUAUUGUGUCACUGUGACAGCAGCAGCAGCUCGCUCAGAGGUGCCAAGGGGUUUUCGGAAGAUGCAAAGCCGACAUUGAAGUUGAAAAGUGCGCGAAAACGGACCUGCCACCAGCAUUUGCUGACGUACCGAACACGAACACGAACACGAAGAACGCGCACAAAAGCGAGACGGCGAGAGAGAGCGAGUGAACACAGCGCGCACAACAGACAGGCAAACACACACACGGCCUAGAGCGCUAAGCGGGGUAAGCAGCACAAGCGCACAGCGACAAGCAACCGAACCAGCAGUUCGAUAGUGUGUGCAAUAAGGCGGAAGAAGAGGAGAACACGCAAAAGUAAGUCCUGAAGACUUGCGGUCUUUUGUGCCGGCUCGAAGACACACUCCCGCUUAUUAUUAACCGCACCGUCCGAAGAGUAGCAGCACACACUCGCGCGGGGGAAAAAGCACCUCUAUUCUGCCAAUAUAUACUACCACCGUGGGUGUGUUGUUCAGCAGAAGGAGGGACAUCUUCAUAUUCCCUUGUGCACUGCACUUCUCGUUUGGUCGGUUUUGGAGCGGAGUUACCACAUCAGCAGCAGGCAGCGGUAGCGAUAGCAGCGCGCAACAUCGAAGGAGGCGGCGGCCCCGAGAGUAGAACGUUUCCGGUGGUGUGUGGCCCCCAAGGAGAGCGGUGUGCGAUUGCGGACCUUUAAACGGCAAUCCGCGCGCCUCCCCUCAUCACCCGCCUCUCCCGCAACGUGUGCAACGUGGCCAUCGUGUGCGUGUGUGUGUGUGUGGGCAAGAUUCACAGAGAUAAGGGCAAAGUUCCGCCGAAUGUCGCUCAAGCUAAAAAGUGUUACAGUGGCGCAGUAGCCAAUUUCCAAGUGGUUCUAGUAUGGGAAUCCUUUGAUUCCAACACCAGUGUGCAUAUAUAUGUGUGUGUGGCCUAUGUAUGUGUAAGCGUGCGUGUGGUGGAAUUUUCCUGUCACGAGCUUAUUGGGAGGCAGAAUACCACCAUCGUCGUUCGUCACUUCUCAUCGCGGACCGUCUCCAGUUCAGCAGCAACGGAGCGCCAGCACUCGCCAUAGGAGCUAAAAGAAGGAGUGUUGCUGUGUUCAGCUUAGGAUGGAUUAUACCAGUAAUGGAUCAAUGUACGCAUGCAGACUACCCACGACAGAAGCAGCAACUAGGACAGAACAACCACAGCGCAAAAGCCGUAAACGCAAAAACACAUCGGAUUUGGACAAACAUGGCGACUCACAGCAUUUGCAGCCAUCCUCCAAAGUGCGUCGAAAUGAUCGUCCGCGGGCAUCCACAUCGACGGCAGCAGUCGCUUCAACGUCCAGCAGCACUGCUGCCACCACCAAUCUACCACACAGCUACGCGUCAACCACUACUACCGCCGCUGCAGCAGCGACGGCGGCGGCCCCCGGUCUCUCGAUGCCGUCUAUUUCGAGUUCGUCCUCGCUGGGCAGCAACAGCAAAACCACCGCCUUCAGCAGCGAUUACACCUCCGACACGCAGGGCUCGUCCGAGUUCCCGAUCGCGAGCGAUUUCGAAAGCUACCCGCUCGACAGCCCGGCCACCUUUGGCUCGAACGUGCUGAGCCCGCCGUGCGAUCUGCUGCGCGAGGAAGCGGUCGGACUGUCGGAAUGGUUGGCGAAGGGCGACACGACACCGCUCGACGGUGCGGAGCAUCUGUACGAGGUGUGCUUUCACAAGGCAGCAAAACCAGCGGCGGCGGCGGCCGCAACCAGUGGUUUCGGUGUCGUGCCUGCGUCCUGCUAUCUGACGCCCUCCCACAAGCAGCGUGUUUGUCCGCUGCCAAGCCUCUCCUGGACGGACACGCACGAGAUGUGGGAUCUGAUGUGCCGAAAGGACGAUUUGGCAUGGCUAGCCCGUGAGCCGAACAUGUUCGACGAUCAUCCAGGUCUACAACCUCGGAUGCGUUCGAUCCUGAUCGACUGGCUGAAUGAGGUGUGCGAGGUGUAUAAGCUGCACCGGGAAACGUACUUCCUUGCGGUGGACUACAUCGAUCGGUAUCUGAGCCUGAAGAAGGAGCUAAAAAAGAACCACCUUCAGCUGCUCGGUAUCACGGCACUGUUUAUCGCAGCAAAGGCGGAAGAAAUCUAUCCACCAAAAAUAGGCGAAUUCGCGUACGUAACGGACGGUGCGUGCACCGACGAGGACAUACUGCGCGAGGAGCUGCUCAUACUGAGUGCGCUCGACUGGAAGAUUAACCCGGUCACGGUGAUCGGAUGGUUGGGGCUGUACAUGCAGAUCAACGUUACCAGCCGGGAUGUGGACGUGCCGGUGCGAAACCUGAAGCGAAAGUCCAACAGUACGGCACACGACACCGCCAGCACACCGUCGCCCAAAAAGCGCAAAAUUACGGAUGAAAAUGCUGACGUCAAUAACAUACAGCAAGCGGCGGUGACAGUUGGACUGCAGCAGCAGCCCCUGCAGCAGCAGCAGCAGAAACUGUCAAGCAGUAGUACCAGCACGGCCAACAAGACUGAUGAUGCGUUCGUGUAUCCCCAAUUUUCCGGCAUGGAGUUUGCCCACACUGCUCAGCUGAUUGACCUUUGCUCGCUGGACGUUGGGUUUGCCAAUUUCAAGUACUCUGUGAUUGCAGCCGCUGCCCUCAGUCAUACGUUCGAUCGUAAAACGGCCACCUUUGUCUCGGGACUGCCGUGGGAAGAGAUUGCACCGUGCGCCAAAUGGAUGGAACCGUUCUUCUUGGUGAUCUGCGACGAGAAUGCGUCCUGCCCGCUCACAUUCCUCGAGUCGAACGAUCCGAUCAAGCACAGCCACGGGUUGAAGCACAUCUGCCCGAACCUAGUCUCCGACAGCUCCCACAUCAUCCAAACGCACACAACCUCGCUGGAUAUGUUGGAUUUGGUUAGCAUCAAGAUCGAGCAGAUGGAAUCGUGCACCCGCAUGGGACAGUUGGAAGCAUCGCCGGCCCCGAUCGGCAUCAUCGAGUCGGAGGACGGCAUCCUUACGCCGCCGGCUUCGAACCGCAAAUCGCUGGAAACGCUCGGCGGCGUCAGUGGUACGGCCGUAUCGAAGGUGGCAUCGGAGGCGAUCGCCAGCAUCAUUGCCGACGCGUCCUCCGGCACCUGGAGCCACAGUUAGGAGGAAUGUAAAUGUAAUUUAUCUAAUUCCUUACCAUUUUCCAUCCCCCCCCCCCCGUCUCUGCGCCACGUCUGCAUAUGCAGCACCACAGUGAAUGAUAAAUUAUUACUUUUAUUAUUCUUAAUUUACUGCUACAACAUCCCAUUUACGCGCAAGUUACCGACCGCGUCAGGAACUUACAAAAAAAACGUUAUAACGCUCUCGUGCCCUUUUUUAAAUGUAAAACAGUGGGGAAAAAGCAUAGUGUGAGCCUCCCGUAAGUGAAUGAAACGCGAUGCACAAUUAUUAUUAUUAUUAUUAUUAUUAGGAUGCUUUUCGUUCGAGAAGAUGAUGAGGGAAUGAAAAUAGUCGAUCGCCUAGCGAUGGUAUUGCCCCCAGGUUAACACAUUCGCUUCGCGUUACAAUUCCCACUAAUACUUUAACCAGCACAAACUGCUUCUAACAAGAUACCUUCCCCGCUUUGAGAGAUGCAUCCUUUCUCCAACUAAUCGACUAGCAGUCCAAAUGCUGUCCCACUGACACUCUAACCCACUUUGCAGCUUGUUUACUAAUAAACUAAGGAUGUCCCCACGCUCCCAUCUCUCUUCCCAUUCGCUCGUGCGUUUUGCAAACAAUUUUCAUUCUUUAUUUUCACUUUCUCUACACUUUCGCGGGUUAGGGCUGUUAAUGUUUAGCAUCGCCUUUCAUUCCACGGGAAUCACAGCGCGAUAGUUUCAAGGCCAUUUUAUCAGAAUUUAUCAUUCACCACGCCUUUAAAAUGGUGGUAAUGAGAGUUGUUCGUUUUAUUCGUGUUCGGAUAAAUGGGAGUCAGCCCUUUAUUGUUUUUGGUUUGAACAUUACGUGAAGAAAUAGAACAUUUAUUUAAGAAAAAAAAAGAAACAGCAGACAUGUGAUACAUACCCUCUCCAUAUAUUGGUAACUUAUUCAACCAUCAAUCAACAAUAUGACAUCAGUACAAAUUCGGCGCAACACAGCAGCAGGACGCGCCUCAUCCCCAACCGGUGGUGUGUGCUUGUAAUUAAGGAAGAAAUGUGGAAUGUGUAAAUAGUGUUAUUUAAAAAAAAACAAAAAAAAACAAAAACAUCGACAAUAAUUACCCGCGACAGGUCCGCGGUGUAUCAAGGGUUCCGUAUAGAACUAGCACAAUCCCCCCCGUACGCAGGACUGACGAUCCUGUUGUUGGGUACAGCAAGAAAGUGAUAUAUAGUCGCCAAGUCCAAGAGUGAUGUACCGGCAGGCCUAGUAGACCGACUUCGGUCAUGCCAAACAAGAUUAGCAGUCCGAUAAGACUUGAUUCAUCCAACGAAGCAGCCCUACAGAGGAGCAUUGGAGUUAUUAAGCUUAGUUAAGGUCUCAACAACACGUAGGUGAAUAACAUUUUAAGGUGUUGUAAAGAACACUUCAACUGUCUCUGAUCUACAGUAAGAUAUGAAAAUUUCAUCUCAAAACUAUCGAUUAUUCUCUCGAUCAAUGAGAGAGAGAGCCUGUGAAAUAUGUAUAAAGAACGAGAUAUAAUUAAUAUUUUACAUUAGUUAGUAAAAUUUUGAAACUGCACGCGACAAGUCACUAUGUCAUAUAUUAGUCCAGAACGAUCGAUAUCAUCAGUGUGCUUUAGUAUAGUGAACCUACUGUAGCUUCGAGUGUAAAUUUGUGUCCGCAUAAUGUAGUUCAAGUGUACUGAAUCACGUAUAUCAGAGACUUCAGCUACGGAAAUGAUACGAAUGAAGCCAAUGGUGCUGAACACCACACAGAGUAAUGCAAUUGCAGAUGUGAAACCCAUUUUCCUCAACACAACGAAUAAAAUAAAAACAAAAUGACUGAAAUUCAACGGCUCACGAAUGGAUAGAACCAAUAGGGCAAUGCUCCCUUUUAACCCCAGGACACACUGUGAUACUUUGGCUUCGAUGUGCUCAGAAAAUGCCCAGAAAAACGACGCAAUAAAUACCCCCCUAACAGCCAAAUGAUCAUUAUAGUUAAGGAUCAAUGUAUCAGAAGAGUAUGGAAAGCGCGCACUGCACAGUGGAAAGUAGUGGAUACUAUUUGGACAGUAACCAUACGCUUAACCACAGUUUUUGUAUCAGUUUGGCUGGAAUGAUUUCUUGUAUAUGUAUGUUAAGUGACAGUUUUUGCGCUACUGCAAUAACCGAUACGCAUUUAAAAGUCGAUUACUCCAAAAUGAACGAUUUCAUUACUACUUAUUACGUUUUAUCUUAGUCGUACGAUCAUUAUCCUAAUCUUCUAGCAUGGUUAAUUAAGGUGUGUGUUAGGGCCAAUAAGGUAUAUCUGUCUGUAGUAGUACCUUCCUACAAGUGACGGUGUGGUUAUGUAAAUGAAUAAACAAAAUGAAUAAUAUAAAACUGAGAAAACCUUAAAAGGGGUCGAAGCGUUCAAAUUGAGUAUCUCCUAUGGAGAAAUUAAUGUACAAAUGGUUGAUAGAGCUGCAGUUCUUCGACAAGACUGUGGUUCUUGUCGUUGAUCUGUUCGUUGUAGGAAAGAACCACAUGCGUUUGCCCAUUCCAUUCCAUGACACAUAGACACCCCUCGGAGGGCAUUUCCCUUACCUACGAACGGGGAAGGGUGAAGAGAGGAAGUAGAAAAGAAAAAUGCGCCAAUUGUAGGCAACAUUGAAUACAACUUGCGAGAAAGUUAACCGAAGCUUAAAAGCUUUUUUCUACACCUUGUGGAUGAAGAAGCUGUGUGUAUUAUAUCUGAACCUUGUCAAGUGAUGGGUUUGUUAGGUUGUGCAGUUUGUAAAUUUAGAGUAAAAUAACGACUUAAGAACUUUUACAGAGCUAGACGAGUGUAUAAAGACUGAUAAAAUCGUACUUUUACAAAAUAAAAACAAUUAAAAAGACAUAACGAAAUUCCGCACCUGUGUUGCAGUUUCUUUCACGCAGCUUUUCAUUUUAUCACAUGAAACACAUCUUACUGCUUCAUUGUUUCGUUCCGUUUUACAAUAAAAUUUAUUCGAUCUUUAUCCUUCUCUUCUGUCUUAUUUUUUUGCCCACAGCAUUCCCAAAAGGGAGACCGGUACUUAGCGAAAGUUACGAAUUAAAAUACGCCGAAUGCGAAAGUUACGAAUGAACUCGCGCUUGGGAUACCCCCUUACUAAACCACUGUGGGUGUGUUUGUGUGUGGCAAUCACGUAAUACUUAAAUGGUAAGUUUGUGUGAAGCGAAACCGAAACUAGCUAUGUACAAAUUCAACCAUUCGCUGGAAAACGCCUUACGAAAACGCCUGCCGCUUAUUACUUAAGAACACUUACACGGGAUACAACAGUACUAAAGAAUAAGGAAUGUAUUAUACGAAGCAUGUUGGAGCUGCUUAACAGAAACAAACAAAAAAACACAAUAAUCAUAAAACAAGCAGACGAUGAAUGGGGGGGGGGGGUAAGUGUGUGUGUAUAAAACAUUAAA